AUGGCAAUGCCAGCAAAACCGCUCAUUAUGAAACCGGAAAAUCCACCACCUCUUCCGUUCACGGAUCCGAGAAACCUUAAUUUUACUCAGUGUGCAUCCAAUUUACCUCAGCCGGUCGUUGAGCCGCAUCUGCAACAGCAAAAGCAGGAGCAACACCAGCAACAGCAAAUCCUAAUGAAUCCCUGGUCACCCGCUGCCGCUGCAAUGCAGCAAACACCAGUUCCACCUGGAAUGGGGCCGCGUCCAAUAGUUGGCCAGAAUGCGAUGCUGAAAUCGUUGCCACGGGAGGAACCCGAUUUGGAUCCAUACACAUUGGAAAUGUUACGUCAACGGUCCAUUUAUGACAAUCUCUAUGAGUAUUUCUUAGCCAAUCAACUUGCGGCUUCGCCAUUCUACAAAUUAUAUCCACCGGUAUGUGAUUUUUGCUGUGAUUCAGUCAAUUCGGAACAGUUAACAUUAGGAGGUAAGUUCUUUUAUUUCUUUAAAUGUAAAUACUACACGAUUUCAGGAAUGGGGCCGCGUCCAAUAGUUGGCCAGAAUGCGAUGCUGAAAUCGUUGCCACGGGAGGAACCCGAUUUGGAUCCAUACACAUUGGAAAUGCUGCGCCAGCGAUCCAUUUAUGACAGUCUCUAUGAGUAUUUCUUAGCCAAUCAACUUGCGGCUUCGCCAUUCUACAAAUUAUAUCCACCGCUAAGAACAUAUCAGCCACGUCGUUCACUGGUCGCUCUCGAGCUGCAUGUUCGUCUUGAGGAAUGCACAGAGCAAUAUCGGCAACUCGAGAAGGAACGCAAAAAGACGGAAGCGGAAUUGGCGCGACAUAAUUUGGGCAAGAAAAUCUCAUCCACCAAUAAUAUGCCCAUCCCACGUCUUUGCCAGGCACCGUCAAAGAUCGAUCGACUGAUCGUCGAUUUCUGCAGGGAGCACGCACGCGUUGUGACAUUACUUUCGAAGAUGGAACAGCUCCGAAAUGAGCCGCUACCACAAUUGGGUGCGAUAGCAGCGGCACUAGCGGAUAUAUGCAAGAAGGUAGUGCGUGCACGUGCAGCAAAUUGGUGCUCGCUGAUGUGGACCAUCGGUACCGAUGCGGAGAUUGAGCAACAGAUCCAGCGUAUUCUUAGCGCCGAUUUUCAGAUUGCCCCUCCAGAAAUCAAGCACCGUCCAGUGUGA